GCCUGUCAAUCAAACGCACGCUUUACUUCCCGUCAAAAACAUCAACAUUGAGUAAGUAAGGACGGCUAGGAAAUUUAAACUUAAACAAAUGAGAGAAAUGGAUAAUUUGAAGCAACAAGUAAUGAUGAACCAGUUUAUGUUUGCUACAGGAUGCCAGCUCGACCAAGCAAAACAGUUUCUAGUCGCGUCUAAAUGGCAAUUUGAGAGUGCUCUUAGCAUGUUCUUUCAAGAAUCGUCUAUACCAACAUGUAGAACUUGCAAUGGAAAUCACGCCAACGGAAAUUACUCCCUUUGUGCACCUGCUAAUACUCCAGCAACUCCGCCCAAUUUUCCUGAUGCUCUUAUGGCCUUGUCCAAAUUGUCCACCACAGAGAAGUUCAGUUCAUCUCCAUAUGCUACAUCACCUACACAAGUUUCCCAUUCCCCUCACACCAUGGAGAUUGAGGCACAGAGAUAAGCUACACAGGGACAAGGCAUUUAUUGUGCAGCAAUGUUCAGGAACAGUUUUCUAUAUAAUUAUAUAUUGUGAUGGUUUAUUGGCUGGAGAGGGACUUACCUCCUAAGCUAGAUAUACUAGAAAACACGUUUUCUAGAACUUGUCAUUUUGUGUAAAAGAACUGGUGUGCAUAUGGUGGGUUUUAAAGUGUAAUGUUUAAGUCUGCUGACUAGAAAGCAAUUCUCAAUGAAAAGUCCUUGUUUUUGCAGCACUGUAUUUUCACUUUUAUCAUUCAUUUUGUUUAUACAAUGUAGCAUUUUUUUGUAAAAUAAUAAAAUAAUAUACCUAUAAAUAAUCAUGAUAAAUUUCCCUGUAAAGCACAUAUAGUGUAUAGUCUUGAUAGUGACUGUGAUGAAAUCUUUAAGUGUAUGUAUUGUCUAGCAAUAUGAACAAAGAAGUUUCAUAAUAUAAAUUCAUCAUUACCUGGGUAAACAUCCUCUACGAAGUUUUAAUGACUGCAUUUAGCCACUAGAUAUAUAAUCAGGUCUAAAUAGUGCAGCAGAAAGUUCUUGUGAUUGUUUUACUCAGGUUAUUAUUCAGUGUAUCUCAGUAACAUUGAUAUGUCAACCAUCAUAGCUUUCCAUUGCAUGAUAUGUUGCCCAGACAACUACUGCCCACACUGUAUUCUGACAGUUAUACAUAUAUGUAAACAUUUGUAAUCUUAAUUUAUCAUGAUUUUGCCCAUUUAAAUUACAUUACACAGUCAUUUAUACAGUGCUAUGUAUUUAUGUAUGAAAAGUAUGUAUUCAUGAAAAUGAACUUUGAAAUAGUCAUUGUGCUGACUAGCUUAAUGAUAAAUCUCUAAUGUCUCGUUAAUAUUUUUUCAUUGUUGUGUAAAUAGUGUUUCAAAUCAUGCUUUCAUUAUGUGAAUGUUCAUUCUAAUUAAAGGCAACUAAAAUAGUUCACCCAUAUCAUUUUCUGACCUUUUCCAUGUGAACAUAAUUAUUUUAUUAAUGUUUUGUAUGACUGUUCUUUUUGUACAAAUUAUGGUAUUAUAUGUUGUAUUGUAGCUUUGUUAAACCCUUUUGAUGAUACGUGAAAUAUGAUAAAAAUCCUCAUAGGAUGUUACCGUUAAA